UCAACCGAAGAAAAACGCAAGAAUAAGAAAAAAAUUCUCAAAUCUCGAUUCCUUUCAACAUUCUCUUUCAUUUUUCUUCAGUUUUGGCAGAUCAUCAUGGCUCUCAAUCUCCGUCAAAAACAAACCGAAUGUAUAAUUCGGAUGCUAAACCUGAACCAACCAGUAAAUUCAACCGGUACUGCUAAUGAAGAGGUAUACAAGAUCUUGAUUUACGAUAGAUUUUGUCAAAAUAUAUUAUCUCCAUUGAUUCAUGUCAAGGAUCUUCGAAAACAUGGCGUUACUCUUUAUUUUCUCAUUGAUAAAGAUCGAAAACCUGUUCAUGAUGUUCCUGCUGUUUAUUUUGUGCAAUCAACUCAACUUAACAUCCAAAGAAUUGUUGCUGAUGCUUCAAAAUCACUUUAUGAUAGUUUCCACUUGAAUUUUUCGAGUGCUAUCCCGCGUCCUCUUCUCGAGGAUCUUGCGUCCGGGACGUUGAAUUCGGAGUCGAUUGAUAGGAUUUCGAAAGUGCAUGAUCAGUACUUGGAGUUUGUUACCUUGGAGGAUAAUUUGUUUUCGUUAGCGCAGAAAUCUAGUUAUGUUCAGUUGAAUGAUCCUUCUGCUGGGGAUAGAGACAUUGAGGAGAUUAUUGAGAAAAUUGUGAGUGGGUUGUUUUGUGUGUUGGCUACAUUGGGUGUUGUUCCGGUUAUUAGGUGUCCUCGUGGUGGACCAGCUGAAAUGGUUGCCUCAGCGUUAGAUCAGAGGUUGAGGGAUCAUUUGUUGUCGAAGAAUAAUUUGUUUUCGGAAGGUGGAGGUUUUAUGAACUCGUUUCAGAGGCCGAUUUUGUGUCUGUUUGACAGGAAUUUUGAAUUAGCUGUUGGGAUACAGCAUGAUUUUAGGUAUCGUCCUCUUGUUCACGAUGUGCUUGGUUUGAAGCUGAAUAGGUUGAGUGUGCAAGGGGAAAAAGGUGGGAUGAAAUCGUAUGAGUUAGAUAGUUCUGAUCCGUUCUGGGCUGCAAAUGGGUCUCUGGAAUUUCCUGAAGUUGCUGUGGAAAUUGAGACGCAGCUGGGGAAGUAUAAGAGGGAUGUUGAUGAUGUCAAUAGGAGGACUGGUGGAACAGAUGGGGCAGAAUUUGAUGGAACAGACUUAAUUGGGAACACGAGACAUUUGAUGAAUGCAGUGAACUCCCUUCCUGAGUUGACAGAACGAAAACAGGUGAUUGAUAAGCACACAAAUAUUGCAACUGUAUUAUUAGGAGAUAUUAAGGAAAGAGCUCUCGACAGCUAUGCUAAAAAGGAGAAUGACAUGAUGGUUAAAGGAAGCAUUGAUCGAAAUGAACUCUUGGGAGUGCUUCGAGGGAAAGGAUCUAAAACGGAUAAGCUGAGAUUUGCAAUCAUUUACCUUAUAUCAUCCGAGACCAUUAACCAGUCAGAAGUCGAAGCAGUGGAAACAGCUCUUAGAGAGUCUGAUGUUGAUACUAGUGCAUUUCAGUAUGUAAAGAAAAUCAAAUCCCUAAAUGUUUCGUUGGCAUCAGCAAAUUCUGCCAGUAGAAAUAAUAUUGUUGAUUGGGCGGGAAUGCUUUACGGGCAGUCACUUAGUGCUGUGACAGCUGGUAUGAAGAACUUAUUAUCUAGUGAUAGGCAGUUGGCAUUGACUCGAACGGUCGAAGCUUUGGUUGAGGGGAAACCUAAUCCUGAAAUCGACUCCUACCUCGUGUUUGAUCCUCGUGCUCUCAAGCCCGGAGCUGGUAGUACCCAUCUAAAAGGGCCAUUUAAAGAGGCAAUUGUAUUCAUGAUUGGUGGUGGUAACUAUGUGGAAUAUGGGAGUUUGCAAGAGCUUGCACAACGGCAGCAGAUCAUCAAACAUGUUAUAUAUGGAACAACAGAAAUUCUCACCGGAGUGGAGUUUGUCGAGCAGCUAACCUUGUUGGGGAAGAAAAUGGGAUUGGGUGCUACAGUUUCUCCCGCACCAACUCAGUAGUAUAAUUAUGUUCUGUAUAUGCUUUUUGAAACAGGUUGCAUGCGUUUUAUGCAUCAAAGAGGAGAUGCACGCCAUCGAGAGUGGUAAUACUGUUUGAUUUAUGCGGAAAAUAUAUCGAUACUGUUUAGCUUGGAGUAAUUGGCAAAAGUUGGCUAUGUGCUUUCUUUCUUGAGCUUCAUUGAUGUUUAGAUUACUGCUAGAAUUUUAGUUUUACGAUAGCAUUAGAAAAUGAUUUGUAUUUUAAUUCACAUGUUAGUUCAUGGUUGUUAUAUUGACACAAUGAUGACAAUGCUUGAUCUUUCAUUGUUUCUGUUGAUUUACUGAAGAGAAGUAAUUUGUAAAACUCAUUGAUUUUUUUGUUUUUGAAGUCAUGUAAAACUCAUUGAUUGUGUA